CUGUCCGUCUCUCACUCUCAGUAGCACUGUGUCUAUAUACAGGCCAGUAACUGAGAGAAGAAGGCCAACUUCCACCACCACCAUCGCCAACCAAACCGCUGAACAACGGUUCGUCCUUUACUCAGUCGGUGAGAGAGACCCAACGGUGUUGGUCGUACAGGAGCUUCCAGGUACCGCUAUCAGCACCGGAAGGUUUAACAGUUACUCACUCCAGCAGAGGAAGACCGGAAGAAAAAGUGACCGAGCGAAAACAAGGAUAUUGUACAUUUUCAUUUAAAAAAAUACGGAUUAUUAUAACUUUUAACUCACAUUUAUGUAGUUUUAGUGGUGUUUUUCUCCUCUUUUGGAAAUGCUCAUAAAGAAUAUGAAGUUUUUAAUGUGGAAUGGUUUUCUGUCCCGAAGGCUUGACGACAUCGUUGCCCUUAGAGGAAAUUAGAUCUGUGUUUUUAAAUAUUACAGAACUUACUGUUGUUAUUUGAAGUGGUGAAAUAUUACAUUUCAAGUGAAGGUGGCGAUGUUGAAAGUGGUUUGAUACUAUCACGAAUUACAUGACAUUCUUAACUUUUGUGCCCAAGUGAUUUCUGGAAGUUACUAGUGGAACAACAACGGGGUAACUCUUAGUGUUCGUUCUUAACACUGAAUGUCAAUUCCUUUUUUUGGGAAGAACAGGCAGUAGGCAUUUUAAAUGCCUGAUUCAUGCCGAAAGGAAGUGAAAGAAAUCGACAAGGAGCAGAUGGUGACUUAUCGACGACAAGUGAACGACUAAACCAGCAACAUGCCUAAAAUUUUCCUUAUCAAGAACAGGCUGCAUUUGCAGCAGCAGCGUCUGAUAGACAGCCAGAAGAGAUUGGAAGGAUCUUCAGGGGGCAGUGGGGGUGCAGGUGAGGAUGGCGGGGCAUCACUCACACCUCCAGGAUCGCCUCUCUCACCUUCGGAUAUAUCAUGUCAGCCCCUGUCGCUCAUCGUAGAGAAACCAGCAAACAGCACAGAACGUAACAAACAUACGCCAGAGAGCAGCAGCGUGGAUCUGUUUGGACGUCCACUGACACCAGAGAGCAACACCACACGGUCGCCAUCGCCGGCAAGUCCACGAGCUCCUAUACCAACAAACAAACCGACCCUUCGGUUCAUUUCUUCUAUCUUGGGCGGCGAUGUACCCUACAGGGGCCACAUCCCCACUCGUGCCGAGAGGAAGGAGUACGCCCCGGCAACUUCUCAACCCCCGUCGGCGCCGGGAACCCCUCCACCUCCGCCACCCCCACCACCGCCGCCGGCACCACCCCGAUGUCAGCAGGUGUCGGUAAUACAGCGCACUCCGAAACCACCGCCCCCCGAGUCUCCGAAGCCAAUACAGGAACCAGAACAGGAAGCCCCAAUCGAUUACCACGUCCCAAAGAAGCGGCCGGAGGAACCGCAGAGACGGAUCACCGUCACAGUCAAGAGUCUGCACCAGCUGAAACGGAGCUCCAUGCCGUCUCUGGCACUCCUCGGGGGCAGUACACAGCCGCGGACGGUGGCCGCGGGGCACAGCCGCGGUGGCAGCGGCGGAGGCGGAGGCCAUCAGGGGGCCGGCAAUUCCCAUCACAGUUCAGGAUCAAUGUCUCAAGGAUCCUAUGGCGGUGGAGGUGGUGGUGGACUAAUAGGUGGUGGCGGUGGAUCUAUGAAUCCUGGAGGUGGUGGGGGCGGUAGAGGAGGACGUGGGGGUGGGCAUUAUGCACCAAACAGUCCACCGACAGGAUCCCUGCCACCAUUCUACGAAUCACUGAAGGGUGGGGGACUAGGAGGUAAUGUGGGUGGUGGAGGAUUUAACAAUGGACAACAAUAUUUGAAUGGUGUUGGUGUUGGGGGCGGCAGUUAUGGCAUGAUGCAGCUGCCUAUGGACUCUGACACCGGGCAGGGACAAGAAGGAGGUGGACUAGGGUAUAUCGGGAAUGGAUCAGCGAGUGCAAAGCAAUAUUCGCUGCUACAGAAUGUAGGGGCCUCGUACGGUCUCAUCACGGUCAAGGACGAUGAAGACGAUACAAUUCUUGGCUCAGCCACUAGCUACGGCCAGUACGAAGACUCGAUGCUCGUUGACAUUGCGACGGGGGCAGUUGUGGACCCACUGCAGUUCACAGCCACCCUCACCUUCUCGAGCCCCGCGGACCAACACGCUCUACUCGAGAGUCUUUCCCCAGAUGAUCUUUUCUUCCAGCGUAUGUCAUCAGGGUCUCCUGAUGGAUCAGAUCUGCUAUCAGAAGCUACAGGCAGCCUCAACUCAACCAUACCAGGUCCUAUCGAGCCUGUGGUAGAUCCAUUUCCUGAGCACAACGCACUGGGACUGACGCAAAGAAGCAGCUACAAUGACACGUCACGAAACUUUGCUGCACCAACACACUUUACAAAGAACACAAUGUUCCUCAGCAACAACAACAAUUCUGACUCCGGGAGUGGCACAGGCAGCUUCCACAAUCUUCCCAAGGAGCGGCCCGAGUUGGCUCUGCACAUCUCUUCAUCUGGAAAUGGGCAGCAGCAGCAGCAGCAGCCGAUGCAACAACUACAGGUACAAGUGCAGAUGCAGAUGCAGUCUCAACAGCAGCAGUCGCAACAGCAGCAGGGAUUACUGUCUCCCGAGUUGAACUUUGCCGACCUUGACUCUCCAACCAUGUCCCUCCCUUCUCCUGGCUGCAGCCUGGAUGGAACAACAGGUUCCUUGUCUCCUCCUUCCAGCGUCGGUGGGCGCAGAGAUUCAACGGGAGGUUCUGCAACGGCGACAGACAUCACCAGCAUCCCAUCACUGCAGGUCCGAGUCAACGUUCUGCAACAGAGGCUUGGUUUGCCAGGAGAUGUUGCUUUGGAAUUUGUCAAUGGGGGGCAUGGGAUCAAGAACCCCCUUGCAAGCCACGAGCCAAUCCCUCGUGGAGGCGGCAGUAGCGGUAGCAAUGUGACUGCAGAAACAGACGCAAAGCCCGCGGCAGCGAGUCAGCAGGCAAACGGAGGUCCUGAUGAUCCAGUAAAAUAUUCCUGCAGAAUGUGUUCCAAGACCUUUGGCCUCCAGCGCUUACUGAACAGGCACAUGAAGUGCCACAGCGACAUCAAGCGCUAUCUAUGCACCUUCUGUGGCAAGGGAUUCAAUGACACAUUUGACCUCAAACGGCACACACGCACACAUACGGGUGUGCGGCCCUACAAGUGCAACUUGUGCGAAAAAUCAUUUACACAGCGCUGUUCGCUUGAAUCUCACUGUCUAAAGGUACAUGGAGUCCAGCAUCAGUACGCAUAUAAGGAACGCCGCACGAAGAUGUACGUGUGUGAAGAAUGUGGGCACACAACCAACGAGCCUGAGGUACAUUAUAUUCAUCUUAAAGAUAACCAUCCCUACAGCCCAGCACUCCUGAAAUUCUAUGACAAACGGCACUUCAAAUUCACCAAUUCUACAUUUGCCAACAUGCUCUUGCAAGUGAGAUCUUGAGGCGCAUAAUAAAAAAACAAGAGUAUUCAGCUCAUCAAUGUGCAAUGUUUGUCAAUUAAAAGUAGCUACCUGUCAGCUACGCUAUCGCCGACACCAUCGGUACCAUCAUCACAUUUUGCGAAUAUAAUGGUACUGACUUUAUGGUGUCCGAAACCAUGGAAGAUGUAUAUAUAUGAGGUGAAUAGUUAACUGAAACAGUUUUUCUGCAUGAUAUGGAAUUUACUAUCACAGCAAACAACUGGCAGGACAUACUUACAAACUAUUUACUCUAAAACUGAUAUGUAGAAGAGAUAAUGGGAAAAACAUUAUAUUGCACACAAAGCACUUCAUACUGACAACUCAUACAGAUGAAGACCAUGACAAAAAACAGAAUUUUCAUAUAAUACAGUUGGUAUAGAAGGUGGUGGAUUUUUUUUACACAAGACACCUCAUGGUUUCGAAGAGUUUAAAAGUGAUAUAAUGGAGUUCCCUAAAAGUCGAUUGGUUUUAUGUGAAUAAUAUAGUAAGUUUCUCUGUAAACUUUCCUGAUGACUAUAUCAUUCAGUUCUAAAUACUUGUAGAGUUUGUCACUGAUUUCAUCAGGAUGAUAUUUGUAGGUACCUGUGAUAAUAUUAUAAAGUUAAGUGAAUUAAGCACAACUACCAAAAUUCUAAUUAGAUUUGGGGGCUGAACAUAUUUUGGUGGUUGCCAACAGAUAAAAGUAAUGAUCUAAAGGUUUCUUAUUUGUAAUGAUAUAAGGGUCCUACAAAAUGCAUGGGACAAGAAUUUAAUAGAAACAACCCCUGCUGUGCAUUAGCAUCUCAAUAUUGCAGGGGUGGGGUCUGCAGGUUUGGAGAAGGGUAAUAGUGUCCAGCUAUGCAUGUUGAGGGUGCAGGGGUUACCCUGACAAUGCAUGACAACAGGGCAAUAUGGGGAAAGGGUGAUGGAGGUCAUAUUAAAACAUAUAAUAGUUAGCUUAAGAUAAAUUAUUAUCAAUUAAAUGUUGUGAGCGUUCAUAUGGAACAACCCCUAGCAAUAGAUUAUUAUUAUUAUUUUAUUAGUAUUAUUAUUAAACAUGGCAUUGAGUAUAUUAUACACCUUACACUUGAUAUAUGAACAGAUUAGAUUAACAGCUGAAUUCAUGUACUCAGUUUCAGUUGUUAACUGAGAAUAAACAUGUGAAUGUAAAUUGGGUAAUUUGUGCAAUCAACUAGCAGAUGGCCAAAGGUUCAUUUGUAAUGCAGUUUCCAUGGAAGAAUUUCCCUUCACUGAAUCUUACUUCUUGAUGUAAUGCAGUAAUAAUACUGUUAAUAUUAAGUACUGACCUAAAAUACAUCGCAAAAACUUGGGUGGCUAGUCGACAGGUGUUGACUCAGCAAAGGUGUUUUGUACUUUGGUUUAGCAGCUCUUCAAAUAGCAUGCAAUUGGUCAUUGUCAUUGUUUGUAGAGUUAGAGGUGUAUUUAUUAAUCACGUUACAUGAAAAAUGUUUCAAGGGCUACUUCUAGUAAUAACGCUGCACAACUGGGCCAAAUUACUGCAGUUUCAUACUCAACGUAGAUACACAUGUUGAGUAACUUUCUGUAGUUUCAGUGCAUCGUAAGUUAUAUGUGCAUCACAUUUUAUCGAAUCCUGAUUAUGGAACUACCACGUAUCAGUACUCUUAUUUUUAGAGUAAUUCAUAUUAAUGGCAUAUAAAUUACAUUUCAGACUGGAAUUAACACAUGAACUGAAUUCAACAAAAUGGGAAUAUUACAUAUUUUAAGAGUCGCCAUUGUAAAUAGAAUGGAACAUUUCCCAGAAUGACACAUGAAAGGACAAACUUUGAGAACAAACUGUAUGAUCAAAUAUAUCAACUAAAUUGUUCUUCACAUAGCUCAGACUAUAAAUAAUACUGUCAGUAUUUACAUGGUGGUCAUAACUUGCAUGGUUACAGGAGUUAAUAUGGGGAUCAAUGGUUUCAGAUAAAACCAGAAUUAUUGUAUACCACAAAGCUUUUAAAUGAGCGGAAGUUGUUAGGAAUGUAAAGAAUCAGUGAAGACCACGACAGAUGCAGGGUAAUCAAACACAGUUCCAAGAUUAUUCCAGAAAUAAUGAAGAAUGUUUAUGAGAAAAUAGUAAGCAUUCCAGAUCCAUUUUGUAUAUCAUAAUUUGUGGUCUGGGCAGAAAUAUAUCCAUAAGUACAAGACCCAUGAAUUUGACCCUGAACUUACCAAGUAUCCUCGUAGAAGGUUGCAGUGGCAAAGUUCUGGGAAUUAAAAUGAAUACAGUAUUUGCAUUGAGUUUCAAAUUAAAAAUGUGUAAUGUGUAUGAAACAUAAAUUGCGCACAAUUAUGUAUUAAGUUAAAUAGUAAGUGGGCACACAAUAAUUGUAACUGUGAAAGGACUUUUUUUAAUAGAAUGCAAAAGCCCAAUGUAAACAUGGUGUAUAAGAAACACGUGCCUGUGAAAAUAUUAAAACUUAAAACCACAGCAAUAUUUUACCAUACCAAGAAUACUAGGUCAUAAACCUUGCAUUUGAUAUUCAUUAUCAUUUUAUUAUGAUGGCAUUUUUAUCAUCAUCAUCAUUAUUCAGGUACUGAAUAAAGAAAACAAUUAAAAUAGGGACAUUUGUGAAAAUUUUAAACAGAGAACAAAAUUAAAAAUUAAAGAAAAGACAGCCUGAUUGUUUUAAUAUUAUUUUAGAUCAGAUCAGCAUACUUCACCCUAAAGCAACCACUAAACUGUUUUAAUAUUACCAGCAUAAGCAUCAGCAUGUUGCAUGACUACAAUGUACGUCAUUUUAGUAUUGCUUAGUGUCACAAUGUGAUCUGUAAUGGUGUGAAAGAGCAGAGAAAGAAAGAUAUGACCAUAGAAAAAUAGAGGAAGGAUGGUAUACCACAUCACUGAUUGAAUAUCCAUAGUUAACAUGCAGUUUAACUUAUUUAAUAUUAUAUAUUUAAUUGUUAACAAGCAUUUAUUCAGUUUUCAAAUUUUUAUUACUCUGCUUGUCAAAAUAGGCAAUGACCCAUGUUUAAAUCCAAACUCGCCCACCCUCAGUGUCACAUUUGGAAAUGUCAAGAAAGUUACUUCAUAAACCAGAAAUUACAACAAAUAAUCUUACAAAUAUGAAGACAUAAAAAUAAAAAAAAUAAGCCCCAUUUCUGACACCAAAUACAAAUUUUCUUGCCUAUUCGAUAACCCAAGCAUAAUCAUUUUUUGGUAUAUUCAACAAAUGCUUAUGUACUUUAGCUAAUUAUAAACAGAGCAGGCCAAAAUGUACAACCCUUGGGGAUUUUAAUCCUGAUUGUGGCGAUGAAAGCACCAUAUUUUUUUUUAUAGUUUAUACCAGAGCAUUUACUUGUAUAUAUAUGCUGAACCAGGUACAGCUUCCAAAUUAGGCAGUUGCUCCAAUUCACAAUAAGAACUAAGAAGCCACUCCAGAUCAAAAUAAAUCCCUGGGGGAAUGAACAUCACAUAUAAAGGAAAUCAUCACAAUAUACAUUCUGGAAAUCUUUGCUAUGUGUAUCACUACUGGGAUUGGUAUUUAUUACAUCUUGAGCAAGUUGAACUUUAAGUAGAUGGAUGGAUCUAUCGGCAUCUACACUUAUCUUGAGCCCUGCUCCAAACACAGUCAUACCUUAAGUCUGAAAGCACUUUUCAGUCUUCAAUAAGGAUUGCGGUUUUGUGUUCUACAAUUUAUGAUACGCAUGUCUGCAACAUGAACUGUUUUGUGGUUUAUUUUUAUCUUGUUCCACAUUCGUCCUGUAUCUGUGGAUUGAUAAUUAGUAAAUUUAUUAUUUUCCCUCUUCUGAGUAGGGAUGAAGGAAUUAGAUGGCACGUUAUGACCAGCCACUCUGAAGAUCAGGAGAGAGUUACAAAAGAUCAGAACAGCCAAUCUUGAGUACUCGCCGAAGGCGUAUGAUAAAAUAAAACUGGGUUCCAUCUUGGAAAGAAUUUAUACGUGAAACUAAAUUUAAUAAUCCCUACCAGAAAUAAAUGACACGAGAUUGGACCUAGAGAUACUGGGUAUCAACUCAGUGAUGUCUCCCUAUACUAUUCACACCACAAGAAUUUUGAAAUUCCCAUGGUCUUGACUUAUUGUCCUUGCUGUAUAUUUUAAGUAAAUGUUAAACAUGGAAAUGUGGUAAAACAAAUAUUGCAGCACUGAAGAACAACCUGCAUUUCUCUCAGUGCCUGCAUUAUCGCCGGGAAGGCCUGGUACAUUAAUUCAGAUUAAAAACUGAUAAUUUAAACUUCACCAGUUUUAAGUUGUUAUAAUUAUUUUUUGUUACUUUGUUAAGAAGCUUGGUUUUAUAAUCUGACUCCCAAGUUCAUGAGUGUAUAUAUGAUGAUGUAAUGGUGUGAAAAGCUCACUGAAACCAUUCCAUGUUAUGGAGUUGCUUGGUGUUUCUAACAAUCUAGUAACAUAAUAUUUAUAAUACAAUUACAAACCAGUAUUCUCAUCUUAUUUAAUAGCCCAUCUCAUUCUGUCUGUUUUUUCUAUUUCUUCCUCAAUGAAUGUUUUUAUUUUGACUUGCAUGUAUGUGUCUUGAGAAUGUCAGAAUGUGUGUAAUAUGGCUAUUAAAAUAAAACUAUUUAAGAAAAUAAA